CUUGUGUGUGCCCUACCCCUUCCUCCUUCACGAGGCCUCACCUUACCUCUCAUCCUCGAGUUCAUAACCCAGUGUUGUGGGUGCACCAGAAAUUGUCUCAGCCAUGGCUACACAGCAGGCCAUCGCUUCUUGUGGUGUUAGCUCGGAAUUCUGGGGGUCACAAGGGAGAUUGAAGAGCAAUGUGGCCGGCGGGCAAUCUAGCCAGGCUCCCCCUGGGAAGGCUGGAGUGGUGAGGAUGGCCAUCAGCAGGAAGAAGAAGGAGGAGACUGUGGAGGCGGCGAAGCAACAGCUCGAGGGAUGCCAGUUGGUUGCCGGAAUCAAAUUCACCGGGUUGACGGUGAAGCAGAUGCAGCAGUUGCGGAAGUCGUUGCCGCAGGAAACCACUCUCAUGGUUGCCAAGAAUAAGCUGAUUGGCAAGGCAAUUGAGGGUACCGAAUGGGAAGCUUUGAAACCUGCUCUUAAGGGUAUGAACGCCUGGCUAUUCGUGCACACGGAGGAAAUUCCCGGAGCGCUCAAGCCCUACCGCGACUUGCAGAAGGAACUGAAACUGGAAAACGACUACACAGGUGCAGUCUUCGAAGGCAAGUUUUACAGUCCUGAAGAAUUUAAGGCUUUAGAAUCUAUGCCCACAAGGGCUGAGCUGUAUUCGAAGUUGCUUGGCACCAUUCAAGCUCCUGCAGCCGGACUUGUGAGCACAUUGCAAGCACCUGCUAGGGAUCUUGUGUUUACACUUAAGGCUUAUGUCAAGAAAUUGGAAGACGAAGCGUAAGCUUGUUGUUAUGAGAAAUUUUAGUUCCAUCUUUCCCUGCCUCUUGUUAUCAUAUUUUUCAUUCGUGCUUCUGUUUUUGAACGAUUAUUUGUUUCUUUUGGUUGGGAGUGGAGGUGGAAGAAUAGGGCUACUUUGAGUCGGAUUGAAAGAAUAUACACAGAAUAUAUUUUUUAGACUCUAUUAGUUGUUUAUGGGGAAGAAAUUAGCUAGGCUUUUAGCUUAUCUUUUCAUUUUAUCAUCAAAUUUGUCGAGCUCCACUUCACUAGAACAUGUCGAAAAUAGAUGUCGCAUGUGAUAAUUCGACUGCUACAUGUAUUCGCAUGAUGUUCUUUGAAUCUGAGCAUUGGCAAGUGAUUUGACUAUAUUCA